UACCUCACUUCCGAUUUCUAUACAUCAUUUCCCUUUUUAAUCUAUAAAUUUGUUCUGACCACGAGGCAUCCCUGGAAUCUCACGAAAUCUGCUGUGAUUCUGGGGACUGCCUGAUUUCUGAAUUGUUCAUUGUUCAUUUAAACUCCUUUAAAUUUAAUUUAGCUGAAGUUUUUCUUUUAACAGUAACUCUGACCUGGAGCAGGACCCCUUGCGACUAUCGCCAGUGCCUACAAUUUUGGGGCAUAACCAUCUGCCGUGCCUCGUACUAAGAUCAUUCACAUCUAUUAGCUAUUUGAUUUUACAUAGAUAGUUUCUCUGUUGUUAUCUUUGCUUUGUAGUUGAGGGCACUGAUGCCUAGAAAGUGUAAAUAAAUUGUGCCACUGGUGUACAGCAGGUAGGUAUCAGAGCUGGACUCUGAACCCAGGUUUGCCUGACUUUUGAGUCAGGCAAAAUUCUGAAGAACAAGUGUUUUAAAAACUAAAGUGCUUUUUGAAGAGUCCAGUGGGAUUUGUAGACUGGUAAAGAAAGCUUGAGGUGUGGGAUGUGCAGGAGUAAGUGUGAAGAAGAAUCUUUUAUUGACAACGAGCAAUGGAAUCAUUUGCUCAGUUGCAAUCAACUGAGCCACACUCACGGGCUAACUGCCAUCAUCUCAGGUCAAUAGAUAUUUGUUGUCUGAAUGUGGAUAGUUUACUGGGAAACAAUGUUGCUGGUAAAUGGGUGUUACAGAUUUAGCCUAUUUAACAAUUUAGUCAAAGAGGAAAGGAUUCAUGAAGCAGAUAUGGAUUCUGGUCCUUAAGGUGGGUAAGAAUCUAGUGACUACCAAAUUACUUACUGAAAAAUUAGUUUUAUAGUUUCAAACCAGACACAGAAGAAACCUUAGAUAUAGUCAAAUUAGAAUGGAGCUGGGGAGACAGACAGUAAACUAAUGAACAGGUAAACAUCUGAUAUAGUGGCAGAUACUAAUGAGCUCCUUGCAGAUAAAUAAAACAGGGCACAAGGAUAAAGAGUGGUGGGAUAGAGUGGGACAUGGGCUGUUUAGAUGCCAAGGUCUGAGAAGCCCCCUCUGAGGAAGUGACAUUGGAGAAGAACCUGAAAGUAGGGGAAGAAGAACUUUAUAGGCAAAGGGGACAGCAAAGGGGUGGGAAUUUGCUUAGGGCUCUUGGGAAAUAGCUAUGAAGGAUGCUGUGAGAGCAGGAUAGGAGAUUAAGCCCCAGAGGCUGGGGAGGUGGCAGGCAGCUCAGGACAUCCAUAACACUAGGAGACACAAAUCCUAUCUCCUGAGGAUGGGCAGCUCAUUAUAUGGCUUUAGUUACUUGUUGCUGAUUUCCCCCUUCCUUUGCCUUUGCUGUCCUAUUUCUAGAAAGAAUGUGCUUGCUUUGUUACUCAAAGGACAGGGCCUGAGUUCCAUCACAGAUUUCCUCUGAAGGAGGGUGAAAUAGACUGGGCAGAGUCUCUGGGUUUAGCCAAAUGAAUCCAUUGUGGUAUCUUGUGGUUUGGGGGGAAAAAUCAUUGCUUCAGAAACAAGAUAUGGUCUAUGACUCUUAUAUAUUUUAUAAUUAGAAUAUGGGCCUAAUGUUUUAAAGUUAAAUUGUAGGAAACGCAUUUCUUGUGGAAGUUCAUGGCAGAAUUUUUAAUGGGCAGCAUGAUCUAUAAUUUAGCAGCUACCUCCUUUCUAUAAACACUUGUGUUAGAAUGUUUUGCAUUCCCAUGAAACAAUUUUCCCAAAUGUGUCUUUUUGGAGGAAGUGUAAAUUAUUCUCAUGCUAUUGUGGUAAUGAGAACAUGGUAAAAAAAUAAAUAAAAUAAAAACAAAAACCCUGAGCUUGCACUGGUCUUGGUAAUAUAAGAAAUGUUGAUACAAGUAUGUGAUCAUAGAGAAUACAGAGAAUUUAUCUGCUUUGUCCCCAAAUGGAGAUUUUUUUUUUAAAUAGUCUAGCUCAUUGUCUUAUGUGUAUUUGCCUCUUUUAGUGUUUAAUCAGUUUUUUUUAAAUCCAAUGAAUCCAGGUAAUUUGACUUUCCACCAAUAAAAUAUUAACUUGUCAUAUUAGGCAGGCGCUAAACUUGGAAAUUAAAAGUAAUGAGUUAAAUUUAAAAUUUGUUGAAAAGUAUUCAUCAUGAUGUAUUCUAUUUAAUGUUUUGGCAGUGCCUCUGGCUGUUCUCAUUUAACAUGCUAGGAGACAGACUGGCAGCAGUUGUAAGCUGAAACCUGGUUGUAUGCAGAAUGAGACUGAUAGGGGUACAAAAUAAAAUGGAGAAAAUUCGAAAGUGUUACUGUGUGUGUUUCCUUAAAGUGUGACACGUUUGCUUAAAAUAGAAUUUUAUAUUCUGUUUGUCAAGGCUAUUAUAACUUCAUGUUAGAUGAUCCUAAGACUGAAAUUGGUUUUACAUUUUGUUUUGUGGAAUAACCAAAUUUGUCUCUUAAAAUGUUGUCAUUAUGUCACACAAUUUGUUUUGAUAUAAUAAGCAUAUUUUACAAUAUGUUUGAGUCAUUUUCCCUAGUAGACCUGAAAUUUAUUACUCAGAGGAAAAGCAUGCAUUUACAAUAUAUUCUUAGCUGCUCCUUUCUAUCAUUCAGCUGUCAAGUCCUAUGGAAUCUAAAAUAAAACUCAACCAAUGGGAGACAGCCUCCACACUGUUUACUGGACGAUUGGGAUGUGGACAGUUUUAUCAUGCACUGCAGCGUCUGUGUUGCAGUGUUGAGGCAGCAGGAUGCAGAGUGCUGUUCCAGUUUUCCAGAGGGGUCCCAGAACGGGACAACUUUGAAAGCUUCUAAAGCAUAAGAAAUAGACAGAGUUACUGUACCUGACUUGGGGCUGCUCUUAAUCAAGUGCUGCGUUGCAAGGAAGAUAAUAUUCGAGCGUUAUGAAGGCGGAGAAGGAUCCUGAAGAAGAAGAAAAUAUCGUUAGAGAUCCAAGCUAAGUGUAGCACAGCAUGUGAGGGACUGAGUCACUUCAGGAGUUUGUUUGAGGGUUUUCUUUGUUAGCAACAGAGAUUUGUAACUUAAUGCAAAGUGGUUUGCCGUUAGCAACAAGAAACUAAAUCCUGUCUAUGAUGAACUGUUGGUUUUCUUGUGCUCCUAAGAACAGACAUGCAACAGAUUGGAAUAAAUAUGAUGACCGAUUGAUGAAAGCAGCAGAAAGGGGGGAUGUAGAAAAAGUGUCCUCAAUCCUUGCUAAAAAGGGUGUCAAUCCAGGCAAACUAGAUGUGGAAGGCAGAUCUGUCUUCCAUGUUGUGGCCUCAAAGGGGAAUCUUGAGUGUUUGAAUGCCAUCCUUAUACAUGGAGUUGAUAUUACAACCAGUGACACUGCAGGGAGAAAUGCUCUUCACCUGGCUGCUAAGUAUGGACAUGCGUUGUGUCUGCAAAAACUUCUACAGUACAACUGUCCCACUGAACAUGCAGACUUGCAGGGAAGAACUGCACUUCACGAUGCAGCAAUGGCAGAUUGUCCUUCUAGCAUACAGCUGCUUUGUGACCAUGGGGCCUCUGUGAAUGCCAAAGAUGUAGAUGGGCGGACACCACUUGUUCUGGCUACUCAGAUGUGUAGGCCGACAAUAUGUCAACUGCUGAUAGAUAGAGGAGCGGAUGUUAAUUCCAGAGACAAACAAAACAGAACUGCCCUCAUGCUAGGUUGCGAGUAUGGUUGCAGAGAUGCAGUAGAAGUCUUAAUUAAAAAUGGUGCUGAUUUAAGCUUGCUGGAUGCCCUUGGCCAUGAUAGUUCUUACUAUGCAAGAAUUGGUGACAAUCUGGACAUUCUAACCUUGUUGAAGACUGCAUCGGAAAAUACCAACAAAGGGAGAGAACUUUGGAAGAAAGGACCAUCUUUGCAACAGCGAAAUUUGACACACAUGCAAGACGAAGUAAAUGUGAAGUCAUAUCAGAGGGAGCAUCAAAAUAUUCAGGGUUUGGAGAUUGAAAAUGAAGAUUUGAAAGAGAGGUUGAGAAAAAUGCAGCAAGAACAAAGAAUACUUUUGGAUAAAGUCAAUGGUUUACAGUUACAACUGAAUGAGGAAGUUAUGGUUGCUGAUGAUCUGGAAAGUGAGAGAGAAAAGCUGAAGUCCCUUUUGGCAGUUAAAGAAAAGCAACAUGAAGAAAGCCUAAGAACCAUUGAGGCUCUGAAAAAUAGAUUUAAAUAUUUUGAGAGUGAUCAUUUAGGAUCAGGAAGUCAUUUCAGUAACCGAAAAGAAGAUAUGCUUCUUAAACAGGGUCAGAUGUAUAUGGCAGACUCACAGUGUACUUCCCCAGGUAUACCAGCCCAUGUGCAAAGCAGAUCUAUGUUAAGACCUCUGGAGCUAUCUUUAUCCAGUCCAACAUCAUACUCUGAAAAUGAAAUUUUAAGGAAAGAGUUAGACACAAUGCGAACUUUCUGUGAGUCAGCAAAACAAGACCGACUGAAGCUCCAAAAUGAACUGGCACACAAAGUGGCAGAAUGCAAAGCAUUAGCAUUAGAAUGUGAAAGGGUCAAGGAGGAUUCAGAUGAACAGAUAAAGCAAUUAGAAGAUGCAUUAAAAGAUGUACAGAAGAGGAUGUAUGAAUCAGAAGGUAAAGUUAAACAAAUGCAGACCCACUUUCUUGCCCUUAAAGAACACUUAACAAGUGAAGCAGCUACAGGGAAUCACAGACUAACCGAGGAACUAAAGGAUCAGUUGAAAGACAUGAAAGCAAAAUAUGAAGGUGCUUCAGCAGAAGUGGGGAAAUUAAGAAACCAAAUCAAACAAAAUGAGAUGAUAGUAGAAGAGUUUAAGAGGGAUGAAGGCAAGCUGAUAGAAGAAAAUAAGCGAUUGCAGAAGGAACUUAGUAUGUGUGAAAUGGAGCGAGAGAAGAAAGGAAGAAAGGUCACAGAGAUGGAAGGCCAGGCAAAAGAAUUGUUAGCAAAGUUGGCCCUUUCCAUUCCAGCUGAAAAAUUUGAAAACAUGAAGAGCUCAUUAUCAAAUGAAGUGAAUGAGAAAGCAAAAAAAUUAGCAGACAUGGAAAGAGAAUAUGAAAAAUCACUUAGUGAAAUUAGACAGUUAAAGAGAGAACUUGAGAAUGGUAAGGCUAAGCUUGCUCAGCAUGUCAAACUGGAGGAACAUGAACAGGUUAAGAGCAGAUUAGAGCAGAAAUCAGGAGAACUUGGGAAGAAGAUCACCGAGUUAACAUUGAAAAAUCAGACAUUACAAAAGGAAAUUGAAAAAGUUUAUCUGGAUAAUAAGCUCCUUAAGGAGCAAGCACAUAACUUAACAAUUGAAAUGAAAAAUCAUUAUGUUCCUUUAAAACUAAAUGAAGAUAUGAAAAAGUCACAUAAUGCAAUUAUUGAUGAUCUUAAUAGAAAGCUUUUAGAUGUAACACAAAAAUAUACAGAAAAGAAAUUGGAAAUGGAGAAAUUGCUACUGGAAAAUGACAGCUUAAGCAAGAAUGUGAGUCGCCUAGAAACUGUGUUUGUACCUCCUGAGAAACAUGAAAAAGAGGUAACAGCUCUGAAAUCCAAUAUUGUUGAAGUUAAGAAACAGCUGUCUGAACUUAAGAAAAAAUGUGGCGAAGACCAGGAGAAAAUACAUGCUCUCAUGUCUGAAAACACUAACUUGAAGAAGAUGAUGAAUAAUCAGUAUGUGCCAGUUAAAACCCAUGAAGAAAUUAAAACAACACUGAAUAACACGUUAGAUAAAACUAACAGAGAAUUAUUAGAUAUGAAGAAAAAAUAUGAAGAUAUAAAUCAGGAAUUUAUAAAACUAAAAGAUAAGAAUGAAAUAUUAAAAAGAGACCUGGAAAACACUCAGAACCAAAUAAAAGCUGAGUACAUCAGCCUGGCAGAGCACGAGGCAAAGAUGAGCUCGCUAAGUCAGAGCAUGAGAAAGGUGCAGGAUAGUAAUGCUGAAAUCCUGGCCAACUACAGAAAAGGCCAAGAAGAGAUUGUGACACUGCAUGCCGAAAUUAAAGCCCAGAAGAAGGAGCUCGACACAAUACAAGAAUGCAUUAAAGUAAAAUAUGCACCAAUUGUCAGCUUUGAGGAGUGUGAGAGAAAAUUUAAAGCAACAGAGAAAGAACUAAAAGAUCAGUUAUCAGAGCAGACACAGAAGUAUAGUGUCAGUGAAGAAGAAGCCAAGAAAAACAGGCAAGAGAAUGACAAGUUAAAGAAGGAGAUUUUUACCCUUCAGAAAGAUUUGAGAGAUAAGACGGUUCUCAUUGAGAAGUCUCAUGAAAUGGAAAGAGCAUUAAGCAGAAAAACAGAAGAGCUAAACAAACAGUUAAAAGACUUGUCACAGAAAUACACAGAAGUAAAGAAUGUGAAAGAGAAGCUAGCAGAAGAAAAUGCCAAACAGGCUUCUGAGAUACUUGCAGUGCAAAAUCUUUUGCAAAAGCAACAUGUUCCAUUGGAACAGGUUGAGGCUCUGAAAAAAUCUCUUAAUGGCACAAUUGAGAAUCUAAAGGAAGAACUGAAGAACAUGCACAGGUGUUAUGAGAAAGAGCAGCAGACAGUGACCAAACUGCAUCAGUUGUUGGAGAAUCAAAAGAACUCUUCUGUGCCCCUGGCAGAGCAUUUACAGAUUAAAGAAGCAUUUGAGAAAGAAGUUGGAAUCAUAAAAGCUAGCUUGAAAGAAAAGGAAGAAGAAAGCCAAAACAAAAUGGAAGAAGUCUCCAAACUUCAGUCUGAGGUUCAGAAUACUAAACAAGCAUUAAAAAAGUUAGAGACUAGAGAGGUAGUUGAUUUGUCUAAAUAUAAAGCAACAAAAAGCGAUUUGGAGACACAGAUUUCCAGCUUAAAUGAAAAAUUGGCCAAUCUGAAUAGAAAGUAUGAGGAAGUAUGUGAGGAAGUUUUGCAUGCCAAAAAGAAGGAAAUAUCUGCAAAAGAUGAGAAGGAAUUACUACAUUUCAGCAUUGAACAAGAAAUCAAGGAUCAGAAGGAACGAUGUGAUAAGUCCUUAACAACAAUCACAGAGUUACAAAGAAGAAUACAAGAGUCUGCUAAACAAAUAGAAGCAAAAGAUAAUAAGAUAACUGAAUUGCUUAAUGAUGUGGAAAGACUAAAACAGGCACUCAAUGGCCUUUCCCAGCUCACCUACACAAGUGGGAACCCCACCAAGAGACAGAGCCAGCUGAUUGACACUCUGCAACACCAAGUGAAAUCUCUGCAGCAACAGCUGGCUGAUGCUGACAGACAGCACCAAGAAGUAAUUGCAAUUUAUCGGACACACCUUCUUAGUGCUGCACAGGGUCACAUGGAUGAAGAUGUUCAGGCGGCUCUGCUCCAGAUCAUACAAAUGCGGCAGGGGCUUGUGUGCUAGCAGUUAGCACUUGCUGCCAGUAUCUGUUUUAUCUUGCUGGUGCUGAACAUUCUUUGUACAACUCCAUGGUCUUUCUGGGCCGUACUGUGCUGGUAUAAUUAAAAUAAAAUAUAUUUUGUUCCAU